AUGAAUAUCUACCAUUACAUUGCAGUUGCUGGGUUUGAGGUGCUGAACUGGCUCGGUCUAGUUUCCCAGACUAGUGCAGUAUAUAAACAGAGUAAUAGCUUGGCGGGUAUUGCCCGGGCUAUCUCAGAUCAGGUACUUCCUGGCCGGUUAGUAAGUGCUAGCCAGAUUAGUUCGAAUCAGAAUCUUGUCGAGCAGUUCAUGGACUGUGCCAGAUAUGCUAACAAUAGUCUGGUCUUUCAACCUGAAAUGGAAGCUACACUUGGAUCGAAUUGUUUCUAUACUACGGCUGAGGAAAUAGAUGAAGAUGAGAUAGAUACUUUUGAACAACAAGAAUGGAAGAGAUUGUUUCCUUUCCAAUUCAACAGUGUUUCCGAGGCUGCCAAAUGGAUCUCUCUUUAUGACAAUUGUUUGCAUACAGUAUCUCCUAGUAACUUUAAAUGCGAGAUUGAUCUAGAACGUAGCUCAAUAGCAGCAGGGAUAAAUUGGGUUAAGCAUUGGACUCAGUAUAUGCAACCUAUGAUCAGGCGGACUCUGGAUAUAUUUGAGGCGGCUAAGAAGAAUGGGCCAACUAAAGAUUUAUACCAGACACUGAGUACAACCCAACCUGGACUAUACUUGCCUCUGCUGUUUUGUCUUAGAGAUAAAGGCCCGGCCACAUAUUCUAGUAACCUCAAUUUCUUUAUCAGUUUUCCUUGGAUUUCUAACCGGUCUUUUACCCAAGUUCAAAAGGAUCUUCAGCUAAGCACAAUUAAGGAGUGGAAGCGUCUUAUUGUUAAUUCUUCCUCUGACAUAUCUUUGAAUGAUCGAUGUACUGCCCGCCAGCUCAAUCACUAUCUAUACUCAUUUGUAAAGCAACAACACACUAUAUCAGGAAUAUUGCGGUUUCCAAACACCCCUCUGGGAAAGUAUUAUGAACUAAGUCGUACAUACAAUAAUCUGAGCAAAGAACUGCACGAGUUUACUGAGCUUAAUGUAGUUCAGAUCUUUAAUACUAUGGAGCCAGAAGCUAUUAUGGUAGAAAUAAACAAGUACCCAGAAGAAAUCAUAGAUAAAAUCGCUAGAGACUCCAUUGCACUGAUUGAUGCUAAACUAACACCAUUUACCGAAUUCUUUGAUAAAGUCUUGGACUGGGAAGAACAUCCCUCUACUGUAUCCAUAGAACGUGACAUUGAGCCUUGGAUAGCCUUUCUAAAAGCGCACUUAGAGCAUCUCGCCGAGAUCCAAAGCACUAUCACUUUACUAAAGCCUAUAAUUAGAGAUAGUCUAACCCAAACUGACUGGCCACAAGCACAGAGCUUAAAUCAAUGCAUCGUCGCCCUAGAUACGCCCAGUACUCCUAAUACUACAGGAGAUACUACUGCUUCUAGCCAUCCAUCUGCCAACCCAGAAACCAAUACUAGCCCAAACUAA